AUGUUAACUAAAUUGAUACAACUAUUUUUAUUAAUUUGGAUUUACUGGUCAGUAAAUUUGUUUCUUAACAACAAAACAAUAGGUAAAGCAGAUUUUCCAUUUAAUAAACAUAGAGAACUCUUCCUUACAGUUAUUUCAGCGAGAUUUACAAUGUUUUGUUGUUUACUGUAUAACUUUAGUAAAAGAAUAUUUAGAAUGAUCUAUCCAAUCAUGUUAAUAUUAAACAUAUACGUUACUAUAUCAUUCUGGUCUCUAUUUUUCUAUGAUUCAGAUCUGAUAAUUAAUAAGAAUUUACUUAAAGCAGAAUACUCGCUAAAAUACUAUCACUUAUUACAACUAGGAUUACACUUAGCACCUUUAUUAUUGUCUAUUACCUAUUUUAGACAAAAACCAUCAAGAAAUUCUUUUAUCAUGCCUAUAAUUUAUUUAAUUUUAUCAUUCUAUUUAAUGAUAGUUUCUAAAAAUAAAGAUUAUAACUGUUUUACUCCUUACGAAUUCAUAAAUAGAAUGUCGUUUGUGCAAUUUGUGACAUUUAUUGUUUUUGAGAUAAUUUUUCUUAAAUUAUUGUAUUUAAUAACAAUAAAUUGA